UAUUCUAAUUUACACAAAUCAUCAAUCAACAUUGGUGAAACUGGUAAUACUGGUGGUAUUGCUGAAGCUGGUAAUAUUGGUGAAACUGAUGAUAUUGGUGAAACUGAUGAUAAAUUGAAAAGUUGGCUAAGCAUGGAUGCAAAUGUCUCGGUCACAGGCAAUGCUAGUGGUGUGGUCACGAGUUUGUAUUGCGCCGAGAUUCACAAUAGGAAUCCAAAUAGAG